GAGCUCCUGACGUACAGCGGAAAGAUAAACGGGUCGGGGCGUUUGGUGCGGCCAUGCAACGCCCCGCAGCUGUACGCGCGGGAGUUUGCGCGUCGUCAAAGACCAGGAAACAGAACGCGUAUCGUGGGCCGUGCAAUGGCAGCGUGGAAAACACUCCUGCCUUCCGAAAAGCGCGUUUUUAAUUUGGCCGCUGAAAUUGUUCGCGCAAGAUUUAAGGCCAAAUACCCAAAUUAUACGUACGAACCUCAGCCAGCAAAAAAGCCAACGCCGAAAAAGUGUUGUGCCGAGCGCGCCUUAUACUACUGGAAAAAGUAG